UGACCAGGAAGUGGGUGUUGUAAAGUGUAAGUCAGCUGACUGACGUAUAAGAGGAAGAGACCGGUGUUUGCUGUCAUUUUGCUUGUACCGGGUGGUCGUUAAGUCUCGGGGCUUUCUCUCAUUUUAUUCCUCACUCCGCAGUUACUACCCAAGUCGUCACCAUGGCUCUGAGCGACGCUGAUGUGCAGAAGCAGAUCAAACACAUGAUGGCUUUCAUUGAGCAAGAAGCCAAUGAGAAAGCUGAAGAAAUUGAUGCCAAGGCAGAGGAAGAGUUUAUAGUUGAGAAGGGUCGCUUGGUGCAGACCCAGAGACUGAAGAUUAUGGAGUAUUAUGAGAAGAAAGAGAAACAGAUUGAACAGCAAAAAAGAUGUACACAGAUGUCAAACUUGCUGAACUCAAGCCAGAUUAAGUACUGAAAAGCUCGGGAUGACCUGAUUUCUGAUUUACUACAUGAAGCCAAGCAGAGACUUGCUAGGGUGGUGAAAGAUAAUGCUCGUUAUCAGAGCCUGUUAGAUGGACUUAUCCUGCAGGGUUUCUAUCAGCUGCUGGAACCCAAUGUAUUCAUUCGCUGUCGUAAACAGGACCUCCCCUUAAUUAAGGCUUCUGUACAGAAAAACGUCCCCAUCUACAAGGCAGCUACUAAGAAGGAAAUCAAUAUAAUAAUUGACCAAGAAAACUAUUUGAGCUCCUGAAGUGUAAGGAACCAUCCUGCAUUUUCGGGAGGUAUUGAGAUCUACAAUGCAGACAAAAAGAUAAAGGUGUCAAACACUCUAGAGAGCAGACUGGACCUAAUAGCGCAGCAGAUGAUGCCAGAGAUCCGAGUAGCUUUGUUUGCCAACACAAAUCGAAAAUUUUUGGACUAAGAAUAUUGCCGGGCUAGAAAUCUAUCCCACUGCCAUAUCACUGGGAUGUAAAGAGAGAAAAAAAGAUCUAUAUAUUUUAUGUUGCUCAUCUUCGUGUAUGUCAUUUUUAUUAGUAUUUUGCUAUUUGCUUUAAAAAUUAGACCUGUAUUUUAUGUGUGUAAAUAGUUGUGGCCUGUGCAAAAGGAGAGUGUUCUGCUCUGUUGGUCAGUAUUUCAUGUGGAGAGUUUGUUCAGCCAUCUAAUGGGGUUAAGAGAGAAACUCAAAGGUGCUAUUGGAUCAUUUAAAUUGUUUGACACACCCAAGUGUUACCCUAAUAAACAUUCCUUUUGUGUAGAGAAAACUACAAUACCUUCAGAGUAAAGAUAGAGGUAUCUAAUAGAAUAUGGUGUGUGCAUAUUCAGUAACCUUUGAGGCAAGUCAGUUUCCUCCUUGUGUAUAGUCUUAAGUGAUCUAUCCAAGAAUAUAGUGAUAUAGAGCUUUCUAGCGGUUUUAGCCUUUCUGUUGCACAAGAGAAGCUCUUUUAACAGCUUGUCUGUCUGCUGUUAUCCUAUAGACCUCUUGUUGUGAGGAAGCCCUGGGCAUUCAUGACUUUCUAAGUCACAAGACGUUACUAGUCUUGCUCAUGUGACUUUUCUCAAUAUGUUCAGCCUGAUAAUUUUGUUUCCUGUCCCUUUAACCAUCUCUUAGAUUUUGCAUGGAAGCAUAAAUGUAUUUUGGUCUGCAGUACAUGUUGGCACACACGGGUCCGCUAUAUUUUGUUUCAGCUUUACGAAGAUUGUGACCCACGGCACUAGAUAAUUACAACAUAGGUUGUCAUAUAAAUGUAACCCACAAAUACUUGCUGAUGGCUGCGUUUCCUGUGUCACUAGCAUGCAGAUACUGACCCAUACUAUCAAUGGCUUCAACACACACAGGCAAAAUCCUGGUUUUUAUUAUUCUGUAUAUGUGGCCCUCCAAAAAAACCUUGAGUCUUGUUUCAGUGUCUGAUGUAAAAAAAGUCUUUAUUUAUUAUAAUAAAGCUGUGUGGUCCUUU